ACAGCCCACACGUCCUUCCAUGAUAUAAGGCAUGCCUACUCUUUCCCUACUUCUUUCUUUACUGCGCGCGAAGUAUCCACCAUGGCGGAAACUUACAGCAGCGUGUCCCGUGUCUUUGCCAUCCCAGAACUCACAGAGUCAAUCCUGCUACACACCUACGCGCUAUGCACCACUGCGACGGGCGCAAGUGAACACGAACCUCGAUCGAUUAGCUGGAAGAACGACAUCAAUGAUCUCAAGGCCGAAAGCAACGGGAUGCGCUGGCUCUUGUGCACAGCAAACCGCGUGAACCGUUUCUGGAACAGCAUCAUCAGCACCUCUGCUCCAAUCCAAGAGCGUCUAUUCCUCCAAUGGCAUAGCCGGCAGAAUCGAACACUCAAGUACAACCCCCUUAUGGCCUCCAAAUUUACAUGGGGAUAUAUUGGCCGUUAUAAGGUUUUUCCGUGCGGGGAGGAGAAGUUUCUCCAAGCCCUGCUGUAUCGCGAUGCGAGUUGGCGAAGGAUGUUUCCCGUGGUGCCUCCUGUACGCCGCGUCGAGGUGCACCAAGAGAUCCGUCCAGGCCGGUUUGCAGAUAACGAGAGAAAGAAUGGGAGGAUCGCUCUCGAUGACCUACCGGAGAAAGACGGAUUGAGGAUGGGUAUGCUGUUUGAUAUUGCAGAGGAGUGGAAGAAGCCACUUAACGCUUCGUUAUUUCACGUCAAGUGGGUCGGAGAUGUGGAUAUCGAAAAGAUUCGAAUGGAAGAGUGAGUGCACAUUCUUCUUGGGUCUACCGAAGCUUACUAUUGAUAGGGGGCAAGAUAUGAGGGAAAUGCAAGCAAACCUUCCAGAGGUCUCAGGAAACACGACCAUGACAACGGGAGGGUCAAGUGCCUUGAUCCCCGGAGAGACGGUCGUUGGCUGCGUCAAAGUCGAGUUGGAAGACUCGUCUGCUGAAGU